CUAAAAAAUAAUAUCAAUCAUCUGACUGGAUUUCUUGUGUACGAUUCUUUUAUUUAUUUUGAUAGUGUCGGUAUUUUGAGAAGAAUACAACAGUAAUCAUGAAGUUAGAUUCAAAUAACAAGAUGAUAAACAACGAAAGUGGUGCUGAUACGCCAGAAGAAGUGGUGGACCCGCGACAAAACGCCGAAGACAUCCUCGAUGAAAUUCUCGCUGAAUUUACGGACUCAAUUUCUCCAGACACCGCCAGGAAUGGCAACGGAACACCAGCUAACUUGUUCAGCAUGAUACAGCCUCCGCGGACGCGAACACCAGCUAACUCUUUCUCGGAGAACGCUACUAUUGACGAUAUUGACCCGCAGUCGGAUCUUGGUACUUCGAUCCGGAAUAAGUGCUUAGAAUUGGAGGAGAUUCUUCAAAGUUUGAAAUCCCGCCUCAAUCACGUUGUUUUGGAUGAAAAUAUCGUACUAAGUCCUGAAGCUAACUCGAUGGAGGCUCAACUGGAACACGACUUGGACACAGAUUGCCAGGAGGACUUAUCACUUCAAGAAUUCCUUGAACUACUGCACUCGCAAAACAAACUUAGCCCAAGUGGUGUGCAAUGAUUGCUCACAGAUUUAUUAUUUAGUUGUUAAGAUAAAACUUUACAUGAAUUUAUUGUGUGCAAAUUCGAGAUUAGAUUAUAAAGGAUA